AUGGCUAGAACCAAGCAAACCGCAAGAAAGUCCACUGGUGGCAAGGCCCCAAGAAAGCAAUUGGCUUCCAAAGCCGCUAGAAAGUCUGCUCCAUCUACCGGUGGUGUCAAGAAGCCUCACAGAUAUAAGCCAGGUACCGUUGCCUUGAGAGAAAUCAGAAGAUUCCAAAAGUCCACUGAGCUUUUGAUCAGAAAGUUGCCUUUCCAAAGAUUGGUUAGAGAAAUCGCCCAAGACUUCAAGACCGACUUGAGAUUCCAAUCCUCUGCCAUUGGUGCUUUGCAGGAAUCCGUCGAAGCUUACUUGGUUUCCUUGUUUGAAGACACUAACUUGUGUGCUAUCCACGCCAAGAGAGUCACCAUUCAAAAGAAGGACAUCCAAUUGGCCAGAAGAUUGAGAGGUGAGAGAUCUUAG